UCCUGGGUUGGGCAGGGCUGGCACAGCUGGAGAGAGAGAUUGAAGGAGCCGCUGCAGCCGAGAGAGUGGGAACUGGCCUCUUAGGGCACCCCAGGGGGACACGACACCCAGGGGGAAGGGCUGGGGCUGGGCAGGAAAGUGACUCUGCACCAACAGCCCCAUCUCUGCUCCCCCUCCCGCAAGUCCCAGAGCUGCUGCCCUCCCUGACCCACUCCGGGUCUCGGCUACAGGAGAGCAAAGGCCCCAAGGGCAUAGGCCAGGGAUCAUCUCUCUGAGGAGUAAUAAGUGGAGAGGGUGGUUCCCAGCCACCCAGCCCACCCAGAUCUGCUCCCUGCGUCAUCCCUGGCCUGAUUGGCUUUCCUGGGAACAAGGUGUCGGUGCGGAGAGAGGACAAACCAGGUCUGCCUCAUUAGUCACAGACGGGCCUCAGGGAGAGGAAUUCCUCCGCAGCCACUCCUUGGAACCCGCUGUAGCUGGAGUGCACAGCCGCACGGACAGGCUGCAGAAGAACAUCCAUUCCAUGUUUCGCUCCAGGUUGUCCUGUCCUGCCUGGAGGGCAGGAAAAGGGAAUGGCUGCAGCAAAGGCAGUGACCUUCGAGGAGGUGGCUGUGUAUUUCACCGCGGAAGAAUGGGCUCUGCUGGACCCCGCUCAGAGAGCCCUCUACAGGGACGUCAUGCAGGAGAACUAUGAGAAUGUGACCUGGCUGGGAUUCCCCAUCCCUAAACCUGACCUGAUCUCCCACAUGGAGCGAGGGGAACAGCUGUGGGUGCACCAAGCAGGUGAUGGGACAGCCAGUGAGAACGAGGAGGAGAAUCCCCAGCAGGGAGGCCCUGAGUUGGCAGAACCACAUGGGACAUUCUCGGGAAGGUCCCAGGGGAACGUUUGCCAGACAGAAGCUAGCGAGAGUCAGGGCAGGUCGGAGGAGCAGUGGGGAAACCUGCCCGGGGGGAGAGAGGGUAAAUCCUGUCCUGAAGAGGGAUGUUUCAAGAAACUCAAACAGCUCCUGGACCUUAAGGGGAAGCACAACAGAGGGACGGGAAAUGCAGGCACUGAACGUGGGCAGGGCUCACGAGAGAUGCUCCGUCUGGGAACCCACCUGGAAGACGCAUCCCACAGUUGUGGGCGAAGUCUCCAGCAGAGUUUGGUGCCUCCAGAACAUCCAAGCAGGACCCUCCAUCGAUGUCUCCACUGUGGGAAAAGCUUCCGCUGGAGAUCACAUCUUCUGAGACAUCAGACGGUGCACAAGGAUGGGAAAAGCUCCAGCCCCGGCGCAGCCUGCACCAUCCAGCAGAGAAUCCUCUCGGGGCAGAAACCCUGCCAGUGCCCCGACUGCGGGAGAAGCUUUGUUCGGAGGUCAACCCUCGUGGCACAUCAGAAGCUCCACACGGGAGAGAGGCCCUACAAAUGCCCUGACCUGCAGAGGAAACCUUUCCUGCGUCCAGAAUCCAGGAAACACUUUGCCGAGAACUCGGCCCGGACGAAGCACCGGCGAUUCCACCCGGGAGAGAGUCCCUACACGUGCCCAGACUGCGGGAAAGGAUUCAGCCUAUGCGUCAACCUCGCGAUGCACCGGAGGGUCCACACGAGCCAGCGCCCCUUUUUGUGUCCUGACUGUGGAAUGGGCUUCAACCAGAGAGCCAAGCUCACGGUGCACCAGAGGGCCCACGAGAGGGAGCGACCCGACUGCAGGAAAAGCUUCGGCCGGCAGGCACCCCUGGAGCAGCCCGCGAGAGCCCAUUGCGGGGCAAAGCCCCGUGUCUGCGCCAGCUCUGGGAAAAGAUUCAUCGACGCCUUUGCCCUGAUUGAGCGCCAGAGGGGCCACACGGGAGAGAGGCCCGACAAACGCCACGAGGGCGGGGAAAGCUUCAGCCAGCGCUCCGACCUGGCCCAGUGCUCUUCGGCCCCAGAGGAGGGGCCCUGCUGCAAAGGCACAGGCCUGCCAAAACACAGGGCGGCGGAGAGACCCUACCGCUGCCUCGACUGCGGCAGGACCUUCAUCAGACGCACCAACCUGCUCUCCCACCGGUGUGGCCACACGGACGAGCAGCCCUACAGGUGCUCAUAUUGCGGGAAGAGCUUCAGCCUAUGUUUCAACCUUGCAAUGCAUAGGAGAGUCCAUGCCGGCAAGCGACGCAAUCCAUGCCCCAACUGAGGCAGCGCCUUCAACCAGAGAUCUGACCUCAUGGUGCACUGGAGACUCCACGUCAAUCAGUCUUCAGAAGAGCAGGUUGGAAAAUAGGGUUUUCUUUUGGGGUCUUUUCCCCUCCAUGGAGAAUUUUAACUUUUCAGUGAAAUUUCUAAUGCAGAAACAUUUUGGCCAAGAACGGAAAUCUUCGCUGUGGUGCCACAUCAGAGUUGUAGUUCACGCAUGCUCCCAUUCUCCUCUCUAGGCCUGUCUCUCGGUCAGCCUGCCUUGCCCGUGCUACACCAUGGACUCCCCUCUUGAUUUCAAUGGGACUUAGGCACUUCUCUGUGUUAUAUUCUGGGCAUACACGCCGAGACAGUCAAUAAAAGCAUAAAUCCUCUCAGUGGAAGGUUGCUGUGUAACACAACUUCAUUUCGUAGAAUUCAGUGUGGCUCAUACACAACAAACCAAAAACAGAGAGAGACAAAGCAGGCUGCUCUCUGAGACCGAGAGGAACAACUCACCCUUGCACUAAGCUGGCUUUCUGCGGCCUGACUCUUACUGCAAGCUUCCCUAGAGCCCCUAGCCUGCUCGCA